UGAAAAAGAAAUAAUCAACAAUUCUCUUCUUAGACUUUCUUUAACAUUGUUUCUGCUAAAUUUCUUCCCCACAAAAUUCAUAUCAUCAAAGUCAAUCCUUCUCUUCCUUCUUUGUCUGUUUGUCUCCUUUCUCUUUAGACCAUUCUAACGUUUAACGCGCACACAAGCUUUGAUUUUUCUAACCCAUCAAGAAAAUCUCUCAUCUCUUCUCUCUCUCCCUCUUUCUCGCUUGCUCUGUAUCUGAAAUUCACCAUGGUUCUGAUUUUCUUGUAAAAACAAAGAUUUAGUAGAGGUUUUGAUCUGGGUUUGGUUCAUUAUGAAGGGUCGUUCAAUUCAAAGUCGAAAAAUUGCUACUUUACUCACGGUAUCAACUAGUAUUAUAUGGGUUUGCUUAGUUUCUUCUGUAAUUGGUGUAGAUGAUGUGAAGUGCUUGCAAGGUGUUAAAGCUUCGCUUAGCGACCCACAAGGGAUGCUCAGCUACUGGAACUUCGCCAACUCGACAUCUGGAUUCCUCUGCGACUUUGUCGGUGUUUCUUGUUGGAAUGAUCAGGAAAACAGGAUUAUCAGCCUUCAAUUACGCCAGAUGAUGCUGUCUGGACAAUUCCCUGAGUCCUUAAAGGACUGUAAGAACCUUCAAAAUUUAGAUCUUUCAUCUAAUGCUCUCUCUGGUCCAAUUCCUCCUCAGAUAUGUACCUGGCUGCCUUAUUUAGUUAAUCUUGAUCUAUCGAAUAAUGAUCUUUCAGGGCCCAUACCACAUUAUCUUGUGAACUGUACUUAUUUGAAUAAUUUGAUACUUUCAGAUAAUCGUCUCUCUGGACCUAUACCUAUUGAAUUCUCUAGUUUGGGUAGGCUAAAGAGGUUCUCUGUGGCAAAUAAUGAUCUUACUGGUUCAAUUCCUUCCUUCUUUAGUAAUUUUGAUGCUGGGGAUUUUUCUGGGAAUGAUGGACUUUGUGGGAAGCCCUUAGGAUCCAAGUGUGGUGGGUUAAGCAAGAAGAAUCUUGCCAUUAUAAUUGCUGCUGGGAUCUUUGGUGCUGCAGCAUCUUUGUUAUUUGCAUUUGGGGUGUGGUGGUGGUAUCAUUUGAAGCAUUCUAAGAGGGGAAAGAGAGGUUAUGGCAUUGGAAGAGGUGAUGAAACUAGUUGGGCUGACAGGCUGAGGGCUUAUAGGCUUGUUCAGGUUUCACUGUUUCAAAAGCCUCUUGUUAAGGUUAAAUUGGCUGAUUUAAUGGUAGCUACUAACAAUUUUAGUGCUGAGAAUGUCAUAAUUUCUACUAGAACAGGUUCUACCUACAAGGCAGUUCUUCCUGAUGGAUCUGCACUUGCAAUCAAGCGUCUUAAUGCUUGUAAACUCGGUGAGAAGCAGUUUCGCGGCGAGAUGAAUCUAUUAGGACAGCUUAGACAUCCGAAUUUGACACCCCUUUUGGGUUUUUGUGUUGUGGAGGAUGAGAAGCUUUUAGUUUAUAAGCAAAUGUCUAAUGGGACUUUGUAUGCUUUGCUUCAUGGAAAUGGUGCCUUAUUGGAUUGGCCAACAAGAUUCAGAAUUGGUUUGGGUGCUGCUAGGGGUCUAGCUUGGCUUCAUCAUGGGUGCCAGCCUCCACUCUUGCACCAAUACAUAUGCUCAAAGGUGAUUCUUGUUGAUGAAGAUUUUGAUGCUAGGAUCAUGGAUUUUGGAUUGGCAAGGCUCAUGAAUUCCGCAGAUGCUAAUGAGAGCAGUUAUAUUGAUGGGGGUUUAGGAGAAUUUGGUUACAUGGCACCAGAGUACUCUAGCACUAUGGUUCCUUCAUUGAAAGGGGAUGUGUAUGGAUUUGGGGUGGUGCUUCUAGAGCUUGUGACUGGGCUAAAACCUCUUGAUUUCAGUACUUCUGAAGAAGGAUUCAAGGGUAGCUUGGUGGAUUGGGUGAAUAAUCUCUCAAGUUCUGGUAGAAUGAAGGAUGCAAUUGAUAAGACUCUUUGUGGGAAGGGACACGACGAGGAGAUCUUGCAGUUCCUGAAGAUUGCUUUGAACUGUGUGGUUACUUGGCCUAAGGAUCGAUUGUCCAUGUACCAAGUUUACCAAUCGUUAAAGGGCUGCGGCGAUGAUCUUGGUUUCUCAGAGCAAGAUGAUGAAUUUCCUUUGAUUUUUGUCAAGAAAGACAAUGAAUGAACAAGUGUGACUUUGAAACUAAAAUGGGAGACAGAAGUCUGCAAAAAUGGCAAACACUUCUUUUUCGUGUUGAAUUUACAGAGUCUCUGGUCAGUUCUCAAGUGCCCUGGAUGUAAAUGGUUUGAUUUUCACUUCAGCUUCCUUUUCUUAUUUUGUUAUACAUAUAUAAAUAUAGCUGUAUGAUAAAAUAAAACACUUCCAUAGCUUAAGUUUCAUAAAGUUCAAGAAAUAUCCUUUGCUUUUCCUUCUUGUUCUAUGACAAACAACCUUGUAGCUUCCUGAAAUUUGUAAUAUGAUCUGUGUCUGUAGACUUGGGAACUUGGUCUGAAGUAUAAUGGUUGAAGCUUGUAAUACAAUUAAGCAUCAUUAUUGCCAGAGGAGGAAUCAUUAAUCUGGUAAUUUAGGGACAUGAAGUUCUAAUUUCUAUCGAAAUUCCCUUAAUGACAAGAUUAAGGGCCUUAAUGGUGGGUUUGUACCCAUCUGUCAUAGCAAUGGAAUAGAUAUAUUUUUCACACC